UUUCAAUCGAAUUGCAUUUCCGAUAAGCUCUCUGCUCGAUUCUCAUUUAACAAGUAACGCCAGCUGCCAAGAGUUCAGUAACCAACACUCAGUCACGCAAAAUGAAGACAUUCCCGGCUUGGAUUUGCAUUGUUUUGUGCCUGACUUUUCAGGAGACGGCGGUGUUUGCCUAUUUUCUGAAUCCCACCUGUGGAGUAUCCUAUGAGUCAAAUCUUUCUACCAGAAUAAUGCGCGGAUCAACUGCCAUAAUUAAAUCGGCUCCGUAUAUGGCUUAUUUGUAUGUGUCUAACAAACUUACAUGCGGCGGAUCAAUAAUCAGUCAAAGAUAUAUUCUAACUGCCACUCACUGCAUAGAACCCAAAAUAAAGGUUCGACUGGGGGAACACGAUGUAAGCACUAAAUCCGACUGUCAGGGCGCGUCCUGUUCACCUCCUGCUGAGGAGUUUGAUGUUGAAAGGGCCAUCAGAAAUAAAAUGUACGGUAGAACAUUGACCAACGACAUUGCUAUGCUUAAGCUGACCAGGAACAUUGUGUUUAAAGAACAUAUUCAACCGAUCUGUUUGCUCCUUAAUCCAGCUCAUUCGCCCAACGUGAAUCAAUACCAGGCCUUUGGUUGGGGUCGGACCGAAAGAGGUCGUGUUUCGAAUGUCCUGCAGACUACGACGCUAAUUCAUUAUGCUUCCAGUUAUUGCCAAAAUAUCCUGUCAUUGCCACUCACUCAAAAUCAGAUCUGUGCUGGGAGUCCCAAUACCGAUACUUGCCAUGGCGACUCCGGAGGACCUCUGGUAGUCAAAGUCAACUACGAUGGAAUAACCCGUAAUCUGCAGCUGGGUGUCGUGAGUUAUGGCGAACUACUUUGCAGAAAUCCGGGCGUAUAUACGUUUGUUCCGAAUUAUAUUAGUUGGAUCCAAAACGUUAUGCAGACAUAUGGACAUUAGGCAGCGAAAAUAGAUAUUGACCUUUGUAAAACUCUUCAAAAUAGAAAAAAAAUAAUAAAAGAUGAUCAUAUUUUAACUACAUAGCAGAAAUCCAGAAGGUCGAAGUUACAGUUCUUGGAAAUGAAAUGUUG